AUGGCUAGCGACGCUUUAAGUGCUAUUUUCAGUAACCCUUCGAGGAAGAAUGUUCAGCCCUCCACAUCUAUUGUAUCUUACACUAACAAUAAUGAAAAUGAUGUUAUAGACGUCGAGGACGGGAGAUUUAACAAGAACAAAAAUAUCAGCACAAAUGUCUAUGUGGACAACUCUUCGAUAGAGGAGAGCGAAAUCACGCCAUUGCCUGAAACGAAAUCCUUCUGGAGUAAAAUAUACUAUGACUACAUUGUGUUAGAUAAGACAACGUUGAAUGUUUCGCUGAAAGAGUCCUUUUUGUAUAACAGAGACUUGAAACCAGUUGAAGAAGAGAGAAGGUGCUGGUCCUGGUUCAACUACUUAUACUUCUGGUUGGCAGACUGUUUCAAUAUUAAUACGUGGCAAAUUGCUGGUACAGGUCUACAAUUAGGUCUGAAUUGGUGGCAAUGUUGGCUUACAGUUUGGAUUGGUUAUACUUUUGCAGGUGUUUUCGUGGUGUUGAACUCGAGAAUUGGUUCUGCAUAUCACUUGGCCUUCCCCAUUACUGUCAGGGCCUCGUUUGGUAUUUUCUUUUCCAUGUGGCCGAUUAUAAAUCGUGUUGUUAUGGCUAUAGUAUGGUACGCAGUGCAAGCAUGGUUAGGUGCUACACCUGUGGCGCUGAUGCUGAAAUCUAUCUUUGGUAAGAAUUUGGAAGAUAGAAUUCCAAACCAUUUUGGUUCUCCAAAUAGUACUACUUUCGAGUUCAUGUGUUUCUUCAUAUUUUGGGUGGUCAGUAUACCAUUUGUUCUAGUGGCACCUCAUAAAAUUAGGCAUCUGUUUACGGUAAAGGCAGCCUUAAUCCCCUUUGCAGCCUUUGGAUUCUUGAUUUGGGCUUUGAAGAAAUCGCACGGUAAAAUUGAAUUGGGGUCGCUAAAUGAUUCCUCACCUCAUGGUUCCGAGUUUUCUUGGAUAUUCGUCAGAUCCCUGAUGGCCUGUAUUGCCAACUUUGCUGCUUUGAUUAUCAACGCUCCUGAUUUCGGUAGAUUUGCCAAAAAUCCUCAAGCAUCUCUGUGGCCACAAUUGGUUGCUAUCCCAUUAUUCUUUGCUAUCACCUGUUUGAUUGGUAUUAUUGUUACUGCAGCUGGUUAUCAUUUAUAUGGGGUCAACUAUUGGUCACCCUUGGACGUCUUGGGUCAAUUUUUGGAGACUACUUACACAAGAGGCACUAGAGCUGGUGUCUUUUUGAUUUCCUUUGUAUUUGCCCUAGCUCAAUUAGGUACAAAUAUCUCUGCCAACUCAUUGGCAUGUGGUGCAGAUAUGACUGCUUUGUUUCCAAGAUAUAUUAACAUUAGAAGAGGCUCUCUAUUCUGUGUGGCAAUGGCUCUAUGUAUCUGUCCAUGGAACCUGAUGGCCAGCUCAAGUAAGUUCACCAGUGCUUUAGGAGCUUAUGCAAUUUUCCUUUCUAGUAUUGCUGGUGUCAUUUGCUCUGAUUAUUUUGUGGUAAGAAGAGGGUACGUGAAAUUGACACAUUUAUUCCUGGCUCAAAAGGGCUCCUUCUACAUGUUCGGAAAUAGAUUUGGUGUCAAUUGGAGGGCUUUUGUUGCGUAUAUUUGCGGUAUUGCACCAAAUUUGCCGGGCUUUAUAGGUGAUGUGGGCGCCCCCAAAAUUACAGUUUCAGAGGGUGCGAUGAGACUAUACUACCUAGGUUAUCCAGUGGGUUUCUUCAUUAGUGCAGUGAUAUACCUCACGUUGUGCUAUUUUUUCCCAGUCCCAGGUACUCCGGUAACCAAUUUCUUAACAGAGAAAGGCUGGUUCCAAAGAUGGGCUUAUGUUGAGGAUUUUGAACAAGAUUGGAAGAACGAAUUGCGUAGAGAUGAUUUAUGUGAUGAUACUAUCAGUAUCUAUGAUAGUACUGAUGAAAAGAUAGUUUACUGA